AGAGAGAGAGAGAGAGAGAGGGGGAAAAAAAAACAUACACACAGGUUAAAUGAUGAAGAAGUUUAAUUUCCGGAAGGUUUUGGACGGUUUGACGGCAGUUUCCUCACCCGCUCACCCAGGCGGCGGCGUCGGUGGUGUGUUCGGGUCCGGGGCAGGCGGUGGUGGUAGUGGCGGCGGCGGCGGCGGUGGAGGAGGAGGAGGAGGAGGCGGCGGCGGUACCGGUGGAGGUGGCGGUUGCGGCGGCGGCGGCGGUGCAGCGGGUGGAGGCAGAGCCGGGGAUCUGGAGAUUAUUACCGAGACGCUCACCUCUGAGCACUUCCAGAUCUGUAAGACUGUGAGACAUGGUUUUCCCUAUCAACCAACAGCCUUGACUUUUGAUCCAGUGCAAAAAAUCCUGGCUAUUGGAACCCGAACAGGGGCUCUACGAAUAUUGGGUCGUCCUGGCGUCGAUUGCUACUGCCAGCAUGACAGCGGGGCAGCAGUACUGCAGCUUCAGUUCCUGAUCAAUGAGGGAGCAUUGGUAAGUGUGUGUGCAGAUGACACACUCCAUCUAUGGAAUCUUCGACAAAAGCGGCCAGCAAUCCUUCAUUCUCUCAAAUUCAAUCGAGAACGGAUUACCUACUGCCAUCUUCCGUUCCAGAGUAAAUGGCUGUACGUCGGCACAGAACGAGGAAACACGCACAUUGUAAAUAUUGAGUCCUUUGUCCUAUCAGGAUAUGUCAUCAUGUGGAACAAAGCAAUAGAAUUAUCUACAAAAACUCACCCAGGUUCUGUUGUUCAUUUAAGUGACAGUCCAAGGGACGAGGGCAAACUCCUCAUGGGAUUUGAAAGUGGAACAGUUGUGUUGUGGGACUUGAGGUCUAAAAGGGCAGAUGUCAGGUUUUAUUAUGAUGAGGCUAUUCAUUCUGUUAGCUGGCAUCAUGAAGGAAGGCAGUUCAUGUGUAGCCAUUCAGAUGGGAGCUUAACCCUUUGGAAUUUGAGAAAUCCCACCAAACCCUUUCAGAUCACAGUGCCACAUGGGAAACCACAGCGUGAUGGAAAAAAGCCUGAACCAUGCAAACCAAUCCUAAAAGCAGAUUACAAGACAAAUAAGAAUAGCGAACCAUUUAUAAUCUUUUCUGGAGGACUUUCCUAUGAUAAGGGCUGCAGAAGACCCAGCCUGACAAUUAUGCACGGCAAAUCUGUUACUGUUCUAGAAAUGGACUAUCCUGUUGUGGAUUUUCUAACACUUUGUGAAACACCAUACCCAAAUGAAUUCCAGGAUCCUUAUGCAGUGGUUGUGCUACUUGAAAAAGAUCUAAUUGUUGUUGACCUGACACAAAGCAAUUUUCCUAUCUUUGAAAACUCUUAUUCAAUGGACAUACAUGAGUCUCCAGUGACCUGUUCUGAGUACUUUGCUGAUUGCCCUCCCGAUCUGAUACCUGCACUUUAUUCAGUGGGAGCCAAACAACAAAAAAAGCAAGGAUAUAGCACAAAGGAAUGGCCAAUCAGUGGUGGUACAUGGAAUCUGGGUUCACAAACAUAUCCUGAAAUAAUCAUAACUGGGCAUGCUGAUGGUUCUUUGAAGUUCUGGGAUGCUUCUGCCAUAACCCUUCAAGUGCUGUACAAACUGAAAACCUCCAAAGUAUUUGAAAAACAAAAGGUAAAGGAUGGAAAGCAAACAGCAGAGAUUGUAGAAGAAGAUCCCUUUGCUAUACAGAUGAUCACUUGGUGUCCGGAGAGCAGGAUCUUCUGUGUGGCAGGUGUUUCAGCACAUGUGAUCGUAUACAGGUUCAGCAAAUAUGAAGUUACUACUGAGAUAGUGGCUCUGGAAGUGCGGUUACAAUAUGAAGUUGAAGAUAUUGUUACUCCAGAAUCUGAAUCUGUUCCACCAUUAUCUGAUCCUUCUCAGCUUUCCUUUCCAAAGAGUCAAGCCCUCUCUGGUAGUGCAAAUACAUUAACACCAGAGGGAAUAAAAGACAGCAUUCCAUGUCUCAAGGUGAAGUGUCGUUCUAUAAAAAUGCCUCCCGGUUACCAGGCUGAUGUCGUUAUUCAACUGGUAUGGGUAGAUGGAGAACCCCCUCAACAGAUCACCAGCCUAGCUGUAAGCUCAGCCUAUGGCCUUGUGGCAUUUGGAAACUGUAAUGGUUUGGCUGUUGUGGAUUUUAUGCAGAAGACCAUUCUACUCAGCAUGGGAACUAUUGACCUUUAUGGUACAAGUGACCCCUAUCAGCGGCAGACCAGAUCUCCACGAAAGAGUAAGCAGCUCACAGCAGAAAACGUUUGCAUGCGUGGCCUAUCUAGUUUGUAUUCACUGAAACGACUCCGUACAUCUUAUCAGAGCUUGAAUGAACUUUCGGACAGCCCUGUAUCACUGGAGCUCGAACGCUGCAAAUCACCCACCUCAGAUCAUGUCAAUGGAGUGUGCACAAGCCCAACCUCCCAAUCCUGUAGCAUGGGGAAGCGACUUUCCAUUGCUGAUGCUUCAAAGCUGAACCGCCGUGGACCUGGCCGACCACCUUUCCGAAAAGCACAGUCAGCUGCCUGCAUGGAAAUCUCACUGCCUGUCACCCACACAGAAGAAAGUAGGGAAAACUCCUUCAGCCGUUCCCGGAGUUCCAGUGUCUCCAGCAUUGACAAGGAAUCAAAGGAAGCUAUCACUGCUUUGUACUUCAUGGAAUCCUUCAGCCAGAAGAUGGACUGCAGCCUCUCACCAUGCCUAUGGGUUGGCACCAGUUUGGGCAUGGUCCUGGUCAUCUCUUUGAACUUACCUCUUGAGGAACUGAGACAAACAGAGCCCGUCAUGGUCUUUCCUAGUGGAACAGUGUUUAUGUUGAAAGGAGCCUUGCAAACAUUCUCUUGCUUGGACUCUCUGGGUAGUUUACUAAGGUCCCCAUAUGAGGUCUGGCGGGAUCCGAACAUCAGUGAAGAUAAAGAAGAGAAAGCACGGAAAAGGAAGCUCAUAACAAUUUCACCACCUUCCUCUCAAGACGUGGGAGACCACCAAUAUGUGCUGUUCUGCACCGAGAAACAGGCCAAACUUUACUCCCUGCCUUCUCACAGCUGCUUGUAUGUGCACAAUAUCACAGAGACAUCGUUUGUGUUACGAGCGGACGUUGUAACGAUGUCCAGCAGCCUCUGCCUAGCCUGCUUUUGCGCUAACGGACAUAUUAUGACCCUAAGCUUACCAAGUCUUCGACCAUUGCUGGAUGUAAACUACUUGCCUUUAACUGACAUGAGAAUAGCACGGACCUUCUGCUUUACAAAUGGUGGACAGGCUCUCUAUCUGAGUUCCCCCACGGAAAUCCAGCGGAUUACUUACAGCCAGGAAAUGUGUGAAAACAUUCAGGAAAUGCUUGGAGAUCUGUUUAACCCUGUUGAAACACCAGAGGCUCAAAACAGAGGCUUUUUAAAAGGGCUGUUUGGAGGAAGUGGACAAACAUUUGAUAGAGAAGAGCUUUUUGGUGAGGCUUCGGCGGGAAAGGCAUCUCGGAGUCUUGCCCAGCACAUCCCAGGACCUGGUGGACUUGAAGGGGUUAAAGGCGCGGCGUCUGGAGUUGUUGGGGAUCUAGCUCGCGCUCGCAUUGCACUAGACGAACGUGGACAGAGAUUGGGGGAAUUGGAAGACAGGUCAGCUGCCAUGAUGUCGAGUGCAGAGUCGUUCUCCAAACAUGCACAUGAGUUGAUGCUGAAGUGCAGGGAUAAGAAGUGGUAUCAGUUCUGAAGACUUCACGAGCCCUU